GGUAUUUGUUAAGAAAACAUCAUCUCCAGUCACUCUUCCCAGCAUGCACUGUUCAGUCAUUUCCCUUUCUCUGCUUCUCUGCAGGUCUUUCACGUCGGCCUUCUUGUUUUCCAUUGAAGUGCAGGUGACCAUUGGGUUUGGGGGCCGUAUGAUAACCGAACAGUGCCCCAUAGCCAUCACUGUGCUGAUAGUGCAGAACAUUGCCAGUCUGAUCAUCAACGCCAUCAUGCUGGGUUGCAUCUUCAUGAAGACGGCGCAGUCCCACCGCCGCGCCGAGACGCUCAUCUUCAGCCGCCACGCCGUCGUGGUCGUGAGGAACAACAGGCUGUGCUUCAUGUUACGCGUGGGGGACUUGCGCAAGAGCAUGAUCAUUGGCGCGGCGGUCCGUCUGCAGGUGGUGAAGAAGACCACCACGCCCGAGGGGGAGGUCAUCCCCAUCCACCAGAUCGACAUUCAGACCGAGAGCCCCAUCAAGAGCAACAGCAUCUUCCUCCUGGCUCCCCUCAUCAUCUGCCACGUCAUCGACAAAACCAGCCCGUUCUAUGACCUCUCCGCUGGGGACCUGCAGAGCAGCGACCUGGAGGUCAUUGUCAUCCUGGAAGGGGUGGUGGAAACCACGGGCAUCACCACGCAGGCCAGAACGUCCUACGUGUCGGAAGAGAUCCUGUGGGGCCACCGUUUCGUGCCCAUCGUGACCGAGGAGGAAGGGGUGUACUCGGUGGACUAUUCCAAGUUCGGGAACACCACCAAAGUGGCGACGCCGCGCUGCAGCGCCAGGGAGCUGGACGAGAAGCCCUCCAUUCUCAUCCAGACCCUGCAGAAGAGCGAGCUUUCGCACCAGAACUCCCUUCGGAAGAGGAACUCCAUGCGCCGCAACAACUCCAUGAGACGGAACAACUCCAUGCGCCGGAACAACUCCUCCCUGAUGAUCCCCAAGGUGCAGUUUCUAACACCAGAGGGCAGUCAGAACACGUCUGAGACAUGACACACUGCCUGGGCCUCACUCAUCAGCUGCUGCUUCCUCAGAACUCUUGGGUUACCUCAAAACAUCUGCAUGGCAUUAGGAGGGGGUUGUGUCCUCACUGUGUGUUACGCUUUCUCACAGAAUGAUUACUUGUGUGCCUUAAUUAAUUUAAAUAUGAUUAUUUAAACACUGCUUUGUGGAUUGUGUUCAGAUGCAACACGCUGUAUAGAAACAUGAAGUAAAUCUCUCUUGCUAGUUUUCGUAAGAAUCAGAAAUAUGUGGCAUCUAACAGAUCAUUGGAAAUGGAAAGUUUAAUCCACUGUUCAAAACUUUCACAAUAACACGAUUCACAAUAACACGUUUAUGUAUGAUUUUAUUAAAAAAGGGAAAAGGGGGACAUGGUGGACUGCUAUUAUGACUUGAUUUCUCAUUAAAUUUCUAUAUCAUACCACAAAUGGCUUCAGAAGAACAUUUUAAAAAUGACUUUUCUUUUGUCUUUCUUUUUUAAUGUAGUACAAGAUUUGCUUCACUUCCAACCUUUAAGUGCAGCUUAAUUUAUAAAACUACAUAAAUAGCAGAAAACAUUCAUUAAUAUGUUUUCCCAUUCUGUGCUUUCCUGUUAAAUUUGAAGCUUUACAUGUUAGCAGCCCCUAGUCCUAUUGGAAAUAGUGAUGAUAAGAAAAGCAUUAGCCAAAUCACAACCCAAUUCACUCAGCAAAUCAUGUAUUCUUAAGUAUUUGAGGUGUGGUGUAUAUGUAUGUGACUGAAGUACCAUUUUAUAAUUUAAAUUAUUUAUUUUGAGAGAGACCAAUGUUUUAAUCAUUGUCACCUUAGCACAUCCAUUUGAGGAGCUUGAAAUCUAGACUAAUAUUGCACAUACUAGAAAACAUACCAAAUACAUACUAGAAAAGUACUCUAACAACAUUAAAAUAUGAUGAGUGUUAUAAUCAAUCAUUCUUGAGCUUAAAACAUCAAAAAAUGCCUUUAAAUAGUGCAGGAGGUGAAACUAGCCCCUUUAAAGGUCAAGGUACAGUAUGUAUUUGUCUUGUAAUUAAAGAGUUACAUAUGUGAAUAUUUUUUAUUUUUUAUUUUUGCAAGUAUUCUUACACUAACACCAUUCUGAAAUAUGUAAUACAAAAUCCACAGAUUUAUCGUAAAAACAAAUUUAUUUUACUAUGCAAUGGUUUUGUUUCUGAGGUAUACAGUAUAUAGUAUUUCUACUGUUGUUUUCCUACAACAUAAUUAACAACUACUUUUGUAGCAUAGUGUAGCAAGUCACACAAGUGAAAAAUGUUAUUUCUUUCUAAAAAGCAUUGUUUAAACAACUAAAUAUCCACAAUGAUAAAAAUAUACUUUGUUGUUGUAAGAAAUGCCAAGAACCAUAUGUUAUGAGUUAUCUUUUUGAAAGAAAUUGAUAUUUUAUCUAUUUAAUGCAACAUUGAAAACUUGAAUCAUACAAUGAGAUAAAUUGCUGUAUACUGCAAUAAAUGUUUUCCUAUACUUGUAAACAUGUUAAUAUCUGUAAUAACAUGUGAUGAGAUAAUAGAAUGCAUUUUUCUUCACUGAAAAACAGUAAAGAACAUUAGGUUUUACUUGUCUUUUACCUUUUGUUAACAUCUGGGUUAAUACAGACCUUAUAAAUCA